AUGAUCGAUGCUCCCAUAUGCAAUCCAUUAUCAUUCUCAAACUCCUUGAACAUGUUGUUCUAUUCCUAGUCUCAAUGGCCAAAUCCCGAAAAUCCAAACCUAAGCCCUCUCUUUUGCUCUGCUGCUUUGCCUCUUUUUCCCAUGAAACCAAUUCCAUGGAAGAGUCUAAGUUUUCAUGGCGAAGGGUUCGAAAGAAGAAGUCCGCCUCCAAAACGGUGCCGUUGGAUGGCUCUUUGCCUGAUGACAACAACGAACGCGGAGCCCAUCGAGCUCAUCCUCGACGGAAAUGGAGGUGGAAGUUGUUCAAGUCGACGUGGAAGUCAACGUCAAACACUAAUCAGAAACCUUUGAUGGAAUCUCAACCUCCAGCAACCAAUCCCCAACUGCCACGUCAGAGACCUCUGAUGGUCCCUGUCACACCCAAUCAGACACCUCCCCAGACACAGAACAGAGAAAGAGCGCAGCAAAACCCAGAAAAUGAGAAUGGUGCGACUCGCAUGGCUUCACUUCAAGAAGAAGCGCGUGGAGAAAUUAGUUCAACCCCUGCCGUGUUACACACGGUAUCUACGCCAGCUUCGAAACGGGGACAGAGCCGCCCUUCGUCAUCCAUGCCAAGGCAAUCUCAAACGACUUUGAACAGGGCCGUACGGUCAGGAAACGCAAGAAAGAAAUACGAGUCAUACGACCCUGCGUUUGGUUUGUCAGCUGUUCUGGUGACUUUGGUUAUAAUGAUAGUAUGGGGUCGUUUAUGUGCAAUCCUGUGCACUUCAGCAUGGUUGUAUGUCUUCCCCCGAAUCAGAAGGACCCAUGGAAACGACAUAAUAAAAAACUUGAACACAGAGUCAAAGGACUUGGAUUUGGAUUCCGAGGUUUACAAGAAGAAAGUGAUUCUAAAGGGACUUCUUGAGAGAAAUCACCGGGCACGACAUGAAAAUUCAGGAAAUUAAAUCGGUUCUUUCUGAUUUGCCGUUCAAAGGCGGCUGUUUGUCGUUUCGUGUGAAAAUUUGUAUAUAUUGUGAUGUGAUUAGAGUUGUCAAAAUCUUCGAGUAGCCUAUGUCGUCACUACACCAUUCUCUGUCGUUUAACGGGGAGUUGGGUGGGUAUCGCGUGAUUUUGAUGUAAAACACGUCAAUCAAAUUUUGUUGAUUUCAUACCAAGAGGGAAGCCAAAAGCUAGAGAAUUUAUUGAAUGUGCUAAUGUGUUGACUAGAUUUUCUCAUGAGAGUGAUAAUAAUUUUCGUACC